AUCAUUUCACUAUUCUUGAUCAAGCUGUGCAAGACCUUCGUUUAAAAAAAACAGAAAAAGUAUUAAAAGACUUAAUUCCAACAGUGGCAAUACACAGCGUUAUUGCAAAGAUAAGAGUUUGUGCGCGGUGUUGUGUUAAGGGGGCUUUAUCGGGAGAACCAUAAAAGCCACAAUCUAAUUUCGUACGCGUAUCGGCGUCGGUUAGUGCUUGUUCAUUACGUUAUCGUAAGUGAUUACAGUUUCGUAAAGAGAAUUCAUUGCUCCUUCUGGUGGCUCGGUGAUCAAUCAGACGCUCAUAUCAAGCGCCGAUCGUGUCGCCUGCUGCUGCAUCGCUCAUGUGUUGGCAUUGAAGAUCUGUCCCCACCAGAGCGGCCUUGUGAUGUGGUUGUGAUCGGCGAUCAACAUACACGCACGGACAGGUGUAAAACGCACAGUCACACGCAUGGAAACCGGUGAACAUGGAAGACAUUAAGGAAAAUCUUAUCCCCAACCUACACUUUGCGGAGAACGAUGAGGAGGAGCUCGCGGAAGAGAUUGGACCACCGAGACGUCCGACCAUCCCGUCGCUACUGCAGCGCAACUCGCAAAUCAACCUACUGGAACAGAUGGAUCAUGAGCGGGGCGAGCUGCGGCAGCGCAAAGGUACGGUACGGUUCACCCAGUCGAAAGUCACCCGCCAGGAGCAGAAGGCCCAACCACCGGACGGGCAAACACCUUUCGGCGAAAGCCUCAUGGUGCUGGAGUUUGGUGAGGAUGCUCCGAUCGAAGCGAUACAAUGGAUCAUGGACAAGAUCCGUGGUCGGCGGGUGGACGGUGGGAUGGAGUUGCUUGUGCGGAAGGAACCGUUAAGCAAAGACAGCCAAACGAUCAUCUUUCACAUCUCCGCCACACACAUGAAGCUGCUCGAGAUUGCGGACGAUAUGGGGUUCAUGAAGCGCACCAAGACCGGCAUCAUACGCAACUUUAACGUGGCCUGCUUGGACGAGUUUUUCUACGACGAAGGUAUGGCGCUCGAGGACAUCCUGACGCCCGCCGACCGGCAGAUCAUCAUCAAGUACGCGCUCGAAACGAUCAAGGCGGCCGACGACGAGCACCGGAUACCGGGCACCAAGAUCAUUCUCUACCACGGCCAAUCGAUCAUACAGGCGGCACAGAGUGCCGAGCUCAUCGCCAACCUGUACUCGCUGCACGAUAAGCGUACGCUGAAGGAGCUACGCCACCGAUGGAUCAAACCGACCCGCGUACAACCGAUCGACGAGAUACGGGACUAUUUCGGCGAAAGUGUCGGCAUGUACUUUUCCUUCCUCGGCUUCUACACGUACGCGCUGGUGGUGCCGACCGUGUUCGGGUUCCUGCAGCUCGGCCUUUCGGAGGAAACGGAAACCGUGCCCUUCUUCUGCGUGUUUUACGUCGUGUGGAUGAAGGUGUUUCUGGAGCUGUGGAAGCGCAAAAGCUCAUCGCACGCGUACCGGUGGGGUACGAUCACGAUGACGAACCUGGACGAACCGAGGCCCGGCUACUACGGGAAGCUGGCGCGCGAUCCCAUCACCGGCAAGUGGACCCCACAGUACCCGAAGUGGAAAACGUACGUGCAGAUGUACUGCGUGACGGCACCGAUCAUUAUGCUGUGCAUGGGCAUUGCCGCGUUCGUGACGAUCUUCCAGUUUUACGUCGAAGCGUACCUGGCCGAACUGUUCGGUGCGGAUGCGUACAUCCUCUACCUGCCGUCGGUGGUGAACGCGAUCUACAUUGCCGUAUCGACGCUGGCGUACGAUCGGCUGGCGACGUACCUGACGGACAAGGAGAACCAUCGCACCCAGAGCCAGUACGAGCGGCACCGCGUGAACAAGCUGAUAGUGCUCGAGUUUGUGAACAACUUCCUGUGCCUGUUCUACAUCGCGUUCAUACUGCAGGACAUGAAGAUGCUCAAGACGCAGCUUAUGAUGCAGCUGAUCGUGCUCCAGUUUCUGCAGAACGUGUUUGAAAAUUUGUACCCCUACCUGAAGAAGAAGGUUGGCCUGAAGAUUGUGCGGCUGUUUGUGAAAUCGAAUUACGAGAAGCUCAAGCAAGCGCAUGAAUCGUACGACGAAAUGGGAUUGCAGUCGCUGGACGACGAUGAUCCGCGGGUUGUGCAGAAUCGCAAGGAAACGAUCCUGGAAGAGUACAACACGUACGAUGACUAUCUGGAGCUGUACAUACAGUUCGGGUACGUGGUGCUGUUCUCCUCCGUCGCGCCACUAACGGCCUUCUGGGCGAUUCUGAACAACGUGAUCGAGAUACGGCUCGAUGCGUACAAGCUGUGCAGCUUCUUCAAGCGUCCGUUUGCACGCCGGACGAAAAACAUCGGUGCGUGGCAGCUGGCGUUCGAAACGUUGGCCGUCAUCUCGAUCCUUACCAACUGUGGCAUUCUCUACCUAUCGCCCCAGAUGAGAGAGCUUGGUGCUGGGUUUACCCGCGAGGCGUACACACUUUCCUUCCUUAUUAUCGAGCAUGUGCUGCUCGGGUUAACCUGGUUCAUCUAUAAAGCGAUCCCGGAUACACCGCACUGGGUGCGUGUGGCUUUGGCGAAAGCCGAGCACGAAUCGCGCCAAGCGCUGAAACGCGAGAUAACAAUAAUAGAACACAAACACACACGAAAACCUCUAACGAACAAGUUUUACUUCACUUUGUAGGAAUAGAACACACGAAACACAAGCACGUGCUUCGGCCGUACAGUUUGGACACCCUCUUACCUGUUGCAUCGUUUCUAUACCGCUCUUCAUUCGCCAACUCAUCUCACCUCAGCCACAAUCACACGAGCGUACAGAACUGUUCGAGAUCUAAGGCGAUUUUAGGCGUAGAAUCGAUCGUUGCGACUCGAUGUAAGCAGCAGUCGGUUAGCUUACUAACGCUUGUUUUAACCUCCAAAGAGUGCCUCCUAAUCAUAUAGCAGCAACGAUCGCCCGCAGUAACACGCGUGAAGUGUUUUGUUUCAUACUGAUAAUGUACAGCAGCUUCGAUGAUGGUGCUUCGAACCGCUGCAAACGGAAGCUGAACCCGCACUACGGUACGUUUGAUCUACCUCGGAGCGAAAUCCUCAAUCAAGCGCAACAACUUGCCAUAGCUGUCGUACUAUGCGCUAAGGCUGAAAUUAAAGCGUUUGUGUAGAUUUUAUUGUGUGCCAACGCUUACCAAAAUUUAGGGCCUGAAGCAUGCUGUCGGGCAGCGAGCUUGUACAAUGGUUCACCCAUUAUUAUUCGUUACUUACAGAAUGCGCAACGAUCUCGUAACGUACUGUUUCGCAGAUUUCGCAGCGUGUACGACACGCAUUCGAUGCUGAACUAAGAAGCGUCACAGUCAUGGUUGCAAACGGGGAGCAUAAAGACAGCUUCUUGCCGCUGUCGCUGAGAAGCGAUCCGCAAGUGAUUUUCAACCGCUAGACAACGGUGCGGAUUUUAAGUAUGUGAGAGUUUUUUUUUAAAUUUAUGUUCGAUAUGUUUUGGGUAGCUAGAAUGAAAAUAAAGUUACAGUUAAAUAAG